AUGCCAUCAAUAGGUCUUAGGUUACUCAAUGGAGGCGUUGCAUUCAUCACAGGUGCAAGCCAAGGUAUUGGCGAGGCCACUGCAUUUCAGUUUGCGAAAUAUGGCGUAGCCUCGCUAGCAAUCAGUGAUAUCAACUUGUUGUCUCUCGAGAAGGUGGCGCAACAACUCAGGAACGAGUAUCCGCAUGUCGAGGUGGAGGUGCUCUACAUCGACACGAGCAAAGAGCAGUCAAUUGUUGAUGCCCAUGAGGCCGCUGUGCGGCGGUUUGGCAGGAUCGACUAUGCAGUCAACAAUGCUGGGGUGGCAGGCCCAUUCCUGCCGUCUGUGGACCUAUCUCGAGAACAAUUCAUUUCGGGUAUUGAUAUUAACAUGGUUGGAGUGUGGCUUUGCCAGCGAGAGCAAAUCAGGCACAUGCUGAAGCAAAAGGGACUCACUGCAGGGGCUAGCCGGGGUACAAUAGUGAACAUGUCGUCCGUCUAUGGCCACAAAUGUGCAAGAUCGAACAUCACAUAUGGUACUGCGAAGCACGCUGUGCUUGGAAUUACACGGAAUGACGCAGUCACAUAUGGCAAUGAGGGCAUACGCAUCAAUGCCGUUUGUCCAGGAUUCAUCGAGACACCAAUGACCAUGCGGUCGGAAGGACCAUCGGAAGGCAUGCAGGCAUAUCUGACAUCAGUCCCGUUGGCACGUUAUGGGCAGCCCGAUGAAGUUGCCGACGUAAUCAUAUUCCUAUCCUCACCCAUGAGUCGAUACAUGACCGGCACCGAUGUCAUGGUAGAUGGCGGAUUUCGCUGCGUGUGA